AUGGCGGUGGCCCUGGAGAGCCCCGACUGCAGCGCUCUGGACGUUGCAGCAAUCACCGAGAGCGCUGCCGGGCUGUCCAAGCCGCUGCCGCUGCCGUUCUUCGACGCGCUGUUCGCCGCAGCUGCCCGCGCCGUGCCCUCUGCGCCCGCGGCGGCGUGUGCGCGGCUGGCUGCCGCGCUCGGCGGCGCGCGGGCGCAGCCGCCUUCGCCGCUGAGGGCGCUGCUUGCGGCCAGGCUCGAGGCAGGCACGUGGGACGGGCAGGCGCCGGCUCUGGUCCACGCGGCCUCGCAGCUGCAUCGCAUGGGCCACGCGUGGACCGCCGCGGCCGCAUGGGCGCUGCUUGCGAGGGCGGCGGCGUCCCUCCCGGACGCGGCGCGGGAGCCAGAGUGCGCGGCGACGGCGAGAGGGAACCAGUGCCGCGAGGGGCGGCCGCUGCCCUCGCCUCAGCAGCAGGAGGCGGGGCAGGAGCACGCGGAAGGCGAAAAGGGCCAGGCUCCACACGUGUCGCAAGAGGAGCACCAGCAGGGCGGCGAGCACAGGGGCCUGGGACCCUUGCACAUUGCAGAGCUGCUGAUCGCUCUUCGGCCAGCGCUGCAACAAGCGCCGCGAUGGCCCUGCGGUGGCGGGACUGCAGGCGACUGCGGCGGCAGCGACAGCAGCGGCGGCGGCAGAGGCGGCAGCAGCAGUGAGGCGGGCAUGCAGCCACGCCGACAGGACAGCAGCCAGGACAUCAGCAGGGGCGGCGGCGCCCCAGGCAGCGACUGCGUCAUCGCCGGCGGCAGGGGCGGGGGCGGGGGCGGCGACCCUUUGCUGCGGCUGUGGCAGCAUGCGGUGGUGUGUGUUGAGCUGUCGGUGAACGGCCUGCCAGGAGGAGAACUGGGUGCCGGCACCGAGGAGUCGGCACCAGCGGCCGCGGACGGCGCGGCGCGCGACCGCGCGGUGCAUGAGGUCCUCGCGCUGCUGCACGCCAUGCACUCGCUGCCCGCGCUGCGAGCCGCAGGCGCCGGCGCGCCCUCGCGCUGCCUGCUGCGGCUGUCCCUGCGGCUGUCGCUGCGCUGCGGCCUCCACCAGUUGAUCCCGCUGGCGGCGGCGUGGCGGGCGCUCGGGGAGCCGCUGCACUGGAGCGCGCUGAUGCGCCUCGCGCGCGGGCCGCUGGCGCCGCUGUCGUCGGCCAAGCUGGCCGCCGCCGCCGCUGCGCUUGGCGGCGCGCCGCCCGGCGCGCGGCGCGCCAAGGCCGCGGCGGCGGCGGUCGCGUCAGAGGCGCUGGCGCGGCUGCGUGCGGGGCGGAUGCCGGCGGCGGCGGUGGUGGAGAUGUGUGCGGCGCUGCCGCACCUCGUCCGCCUGGGGUGGCCUGCGGACUGCGCGGCCGCGCUGCUGACGGCGGCUGAGGUCGCGGCUGGCGAUUUGCAGCCACCUCAGCUGUGGCAGCUGCACCUGCGCAACGCGCGAGCGUGCGCGUGCGCAAGGAGCGCUGUGAAGGGUCUGGCAGCAGUGACAGACAAGCGGCUGUAG